AUGAUGGCAAUAUCAGCAGAAUUUUUUGUAAAAAUCUUGGAUAAAUACCCAAAUAUAAAACUAUUAAAAAAAAUUCAUUCAAGAUUAAUCAUCCAUCAAAACCUUGCUUCAGCAUCACACGUUGUUUUAAAACUAAUGAAAGCGUAUUCUGAAUGUGGCCAAAUCAAAACAACCCACCAACUGUUUGACGAAAUGCCUCAAAAAGACGUCAUCUUUUUUAAUGUUCUGAUUAGAAGUUAUGUCAACAAUAAGUUAUAUAACAAUGCACUUUUUGUAUAUAAAUCUAUGUUUGACUUUGAUGUAACUCCUGAUCAUUUCACACUUCCACAAGUUUUGAAAGCGUGUUCCGCCUCUGCUAAUUUGCCGGUCGGAUUACAAACCCAUGUUGGCGUGUUUAAAAAAGGUCUGGAUUCUAAUGUUUUUGUUGGGAAUGGAUUGAUUACGAUGUAUGGGAAAUGUGGUUGGUUGGAUUAUAGUCAGAAAGUGUUUGAUGAAAUGGGAUGUAGAGACGUUGUGUCAUGGAAUUCUUUGGUUGCCGCGUAUGCGCAAAAUGGGUUUUUUGAUGAUGCGUUGGACGUGUGUAGGGUAAUGAUGGAAGAAGGGUGUGGGUUGAGACCGAAUGCUGGGACUAUGGCUAGUCUUUCACCUGCUGUGACGAGCUCAACAUUUGUUGAAAACGUUGUGUUGAUGAAGGAAAUGUUUGUGAAGUACACACGAGAGAGUUUGGUUUCAUGGAAUGUUAUGAUAGCUGUGUAUGUUAGUAAUUCUAUGCCUAAAGAUGCUGUUAAUCUUUAUUUGGAAAUGGAAAGUUAUGGAGUUGAAUCCGAUUCGAUUACUGUUGCUAGUGUCUUGCCUGCUUGUGGUGAUCUUUCAGCUUUAUCGUUAGGAAGAAAGAUUCAUGAGUAUGUAAAAAGGAAAAGGCUUGUUCCCAAUCUAAUGGUGGAGAAUGCCUUGAUUGAUAUGUAUGCAAAAUGUGGAUCUUUAGAUGAUGCAAGGAAGGUUUUUGAUGUGAUGAUAACCCGAGAUGUUGUAACCUGGACAUCUAUGGUGUCUGCCUAUGGCAUGGCAGGAGACGGUCAAAGUGCUGUGUCGAUGUUUUUGGAUAUGCAGGACUCGGGUGUCACCCCUGAUUCCAUUUCCUUUGUUCCGGUCCUAUCUGCCUGCAGCCACGCUGGCCUGUUAGAUCAGGGGAAACAAUUCUUUAAAAUAAUGACCGAUGAAUAUAGAAUGGUUCCAAGGCUUGAACAUUUGGCUUGUUUGGUCGAUCUGUUAGGGCGUUCUGGGAGAAUCAAUGAAGCUUAUGAAUUUAUUCGAAAUAUGGAAGUGAAACCAAAUGAUAGGAUUUGGGGUGCAUUGUUGAGUGCUUGUAAGGUUCACUCUAAUAUGGACAUCGGGCUUGUGGCAGCUGAUCAUUUAUUUCAGUUGGUCCCAGAGCAAGCUGGGUAUUACGUUUUGUUGUCAAAUAUCUAUGCAAAAGCAGGUAGAUGGAAAGAUGUAGCGACCAUCCGUUCACUAAUGAGAGAUAAAGGGGUCAAGAAGGAGCCUGGUGUUAGUAAUGUUGAACUUCAUAAUCAAGUUCACACCUUUCUUGCAGGUGAUCAAUCACAUCCCCAAUCUAAAGAGAUAUACAAAGAAUUGGAUGUACUGGUAGGGAAGAUGAAAGAAAUUGGUUAUGUACCGAAGACAGACUCUGCACUUCAUGACAUAGAGGAGGAAGAUAAAGGAAACCAUCUUGCGGUUCAUAGUGAGAAGCUGGCUAUCGUGUUUGUCAUCAUAAACACGGAACGUUUCACGCCUAUACGGAUAACCAAGAAUCUACGUGUUUGUGAAGAUUGUCAUAUCGCUGUCAAGUUCAUUUCCAAGAUUGUCAAACGAAAAAUUAUCGUUAGGGAUGCAAAUCGUUUUCACCAUUUCAAGGACGGUGUUUGCUCGUGUGGUGACUACUGGUGAGAAGGUGAUCGAGUAGUAAAUAAUUACUCCAUUUAUUCUUAACACAAUGAUGUACUCGUAUUUUUCUUUUUAACGUCCAUACAGAGUUGUAGUAAUUGUUUGUGCCUUUUUUUUUUGCGAUUAAUGAAGUAGAGUAAGAUCUAA